UUGAAAUUUUGUGUUCAGUUCAUAUCAGUAAGACAACAAUAAUUGAUGAAGAUGAAUUUUUCAUUAAGUUUGUUAAACGUGUCAUUCCUGCAUGGAAUUCUUUUAGUGAGCAUUUGGCUAAGAAUUAAGUUUUCAUCAGAUUAUGAUUGGCCGUCAGACUAUUUAACUAGAGCUACUAAUUGCAACAGAAGCUUCUCUUUCUUUCAAAUUACAUCAAAUUGUGAAAAUGCUUGCGAUUUAUCUCAAACGGGAGCAGUUCCCAUCUUUGAUUACAUAAUCGUUGGUUCUGGAGCUGCUGGAUCCCUUUUAGCAUAUCGAUUGACUUUGGCUGAUUCAAGCAGAAAAGUCUUACUUAUUGAAUCUGGUGAUGAUCCUAAAGUAGAAUCCAUAUCACCACCACUAUUUAGUUACAUCUUCAACAGCACAGCUCAAUACAAUUUCUCAGCAGAAUCGUCACCAAAUUAUGGAAAUGCUUUUAAAAACGGCGUAAAUUGUUAUUGUGGAAAAAGUAUAGGAGGAACAACAGCAACAAAUGCCAUGAUGUUUGUAUGUGCAUGUGAUGAAGACUACAACCAAUGGGCAACAGCAGUCAACGAUCCUAGCUGGAAUUAUUCAAAUAUUUUGCCUUACAUGAAAAAAAAUCAUCAAGUUAAGGAUCCAUCAGGCUCACUUUUAACAGGAAAUUGCAAAGACUAUCAAGGAACAACUGGUCCUUUAGUCCUUUCCAACACAGACAGCAGCUCUGACUUUGUUACGUCAAUUUUAAAAGAUGCUUCUAUAGAACUUAACAUUCGUCAAAGGAGCAGUGCUAAUUGUGGACCUCCAUUUACAGGAUUUGCCAACAUUCCAAUGUCUAUAAAUAAUGGUCGACGUGAAAGUGCUGCAAAAGCUUUUUUAGUUCCUUUAAAUGAUAAAAAUAAUUUCUACUUCAUGCGCAAUAGUUUCGUGACAAAAGUAAUAACAUCAAAAGAUUCAACAGGAGCAUGGACAGCAACAGGUGUGAAUGUGAAAACAACAUCAAGUAAAUGUUCAAGCAUAGAUCUGCAGGCAUCACGAGAAGUUAUUAUUUCAGCUGGAUCAUACAAUUCACCAUUAAUUUUACAACGUUCUGGGAUUGGGAAAGCUUUAGAUUUAAAUAGCUGCGGAAUUACACAAAUUAAAGAUCUGCCAGUUGGUAAAAACUUGAUGGAUCAUCCAGUAUUUGUAUCUUUUUGGACAAUUCCUGGAUCUUUGUCAAAUAAGUUGAAGUCUUCGGCAUACUUUAUUAAGCAGCUAAGUCAAUACAUGAAUGAUUAUACUGGAUAUUUCUCACGAGUUCCUGGAAUUAAUUACGGUGGAUUCAUCAACACUUUAAAUGCAUCUGAAAACUGUCCAGAUGUUCAAAUUAUUGCUACUGGUUACGAGCAAAACAUGCCAGACAUGAACAUCUUUAUGAAUGAUAAAUGGGGCUUUAAACCAGAAUUUGCAAACCAAAUUGUGAAUGCAAAUAAAGAUUCUGCUGUAAUUCAAGUUCUUCUAUCAGUUUUGCAUCCUAAAUCUCGUGGAACAGUCAGUCUUCGUUCAUGUUCAGAUCCUUAUGCUUCACCAAUCAUCAAUGGGAAUUAUUUCAGCGAUGAUGAAGAUUUAGACACACUUGUAAGAGGAAUGAAGGAAGUUUGUAAAAUUUUCAAUACAAAUGCAGCCAAAAAUGCAGGCAUUAAGCCUCAAAUCUUUAACAUUCCCGAAUGUGACAAUCUAGAAUUUUGUUCAAGUUCAUUUAUUCGUUGUCAUGCAAAAUAUUUCACAAUGAACGAGUGGCAUGCAUCAGGAACAUGCAAAAUGGGACUGUCUUCAAAUGACUCGGUUGUGGAUAAUAAAUUGCGAGUUUUUGGUGUGAAGAAUUUACGUGUUGUUGAUGCGAGUGUCAUUCCAAUUAUUCCAUCAGGAAAUACUCAAUGUCCAACAUACACAAUUGCUGAAAAAGCAGCUGAUAUGAUUUUGAAUGAAAAUCCUUAAUUUUUGAUAUUUUAAUAUUUUAAACAAAUUAUGUCGAAUGAAAAAUAAUCAAGGCGUGGAAACUCAAGAUUAAU